AUGCCCAUGGGCAAUGUCAGGUGCCAGAGCUGCCAAACGAUUUGCGGUACACCUCGGCUGCCGCAGGAUGUCGCCACACGGUUUUGCUGCGAAGCGAUGGGCAAGCAGUUGCAUUUGGAGCAAAUGAACAUGGUGCCAGUGUUGAGCGCUCCUUUGCGCUAUACAAGCGCUGCGGCUGGUAACUGGCACACGGUCUUGUUGCGAAACGAUGGGGAAGCGGUGGCCUUCGGCCGGCGCACGGAGGGCCAGUGCAAUGUUCCUGCGCUGACUGUCGCGGGGCUGGUGCAAUCCAAGCUGUGCAACGCAGACACCAAAGAGGCGUCUGUCCAAGCUGGCAGCCCCAGCCCUGUUCGUCGAUUGGGCCGAGCACGGCGCCAACUGCAGCCCGCAUUGAAGCUUGCAGCGAGAGAGUUGAGAUACGUCGCUGUGGCUGCAGGAGCAUUUCAUACUCUACUUCUGCGAAGUGAUGGUGUCGCUGUAUCCUCAGGAUCUUACAAGUCCUUGGGGCUGAUUCCCAAACUUCCAGCUGGAGUUAAGUAUGUUGACGUGGCAGCGAAUUUGGAGCACACAUUGUUGCUCCGCAAUGACGGGCACGUGAUUGCCUGUGGGCCGGACGAUGGAAGCGAACGGCAGCAGAUUCCUCUGCUCGAGGUGGGUAAGAAGUACGUAGCCAUAGCUGCAGGAGCUCAUCAUAGCGUACUGCUACGCUGCGACGGGGCAGUCGUUGCUUGCGGACACAACGGUGAUGGUCGCUGUGAAGUUCCACCUCUGCCACAGAAAGCUCAUUACACCUUUGUUGCAGCUGGCCUGCGACAUACAGUGGUUUGGAGGAGUGAUGGGAUCGCCCUGGCUUUUGGCAGCAGCUCGCUUCCAGCAGGUAGCCAGCGCGUGCAGGCUGGGCCUUGUGACAUACCACACGAGGCUGCAGCAGCUGCUCAGAGGUUCCCGAACAGGAACGGCCAGAUUCGGCAGCAACUUUCCAGAAACGCCAGGAUCUGUUCUGCCAGUACCGAAGCCGCAGUGAACUUGGACUCAAAGAAGCCCAAGAAGGAGUCGCCAUUUGUAUUAGAAGGCGGACUUGGUCUGCAUUGA